GUUUACGGCGAAGGGUCUGGCCUGGACUGUAGGCGCCAUGUCCAGAAAUUAAACUUGCUGCAGGGUGAGGCAGAGGAAGCGGUUGGUUGGACAUCUCGGUGCACAGAAGACUCUGUGAAUGACAGCAAAAAUACAGCAGCCCAACAUGAAGACAGUUCAGUCCAGCAGGAGGGCAGGGCAGAAGUCAGUCGCUGGAGUAAAUAUCUGGACAAGGAUGGUGAAGAUGAAGAAGAUGGGGAGGAGAAGGCAGGUGCAAAAAGGCAAUGGUUCUGUUCCCAGAGAAAGAACGCUGUGGAAGAACAAAGGAAAUACCAGGACAGCUUCCUCUCCAGUGAUGUUCACGAGUAUGCGGAAGAAAAUGGAGUUUUCCAGCUCGCCUACCAAGCCAAAAAGCGCAAGAAAAGUGUAGUAGCUGUGCCUGAUCAGGAUGGUGGAGAUGCUGUUUCUGCAGAGCGUAUGGUUUCUGCUGUCUGCGAGCCCAUAGUGCCUGAGGAGAGUACACAAACCCCAACUGCUUGUACCAAACCCUCCAAGUGGGAAAAAUUUCUCUCGUGUUCUGACAACCAUAGUGAAAAUGCUGCCAGGGUCAGCUUGUCACCACAGGAGGGCAGUGGAAGGUUGGGGCCACACAGCAGCACCACGCCUGGCACCAUGGUGCCCAGCACCAGCUGCACAGUUGAGGAGGAUGUGUUGUUCAGAGACCCUCAAAGCCAAGGGUUAAGGGCAAGAUCUGGUGUCUUAGAGAGUGCUCCAGGAAGGUGCUGUUUGCAUGGCAUGAGGGCAGAUGUCCUUAACUCUGGCACUGGGCCAAAGCUUAGCACCAUUUCUUGUGAACAGCUCUUCUGCACGGGUGAGGAGUUCGAUGAUGAUCUCUGA